AUGUCCGCCGUUGUAGCCCCUGGCGGGAGGGCUGUUAGCGGGGUUGUUCUUAACGAAGCUGCUGCUGCUAGCGGGUCGGUUCUUAGCGGGGAUCUUCUGGCAGGCGGCGAUGCGGCCGCGGCGCCAGUGAUGGUGUUAGGGGAGGAGCAAAUGGUGGGGGUCGGAGAAACCGGAAAGAAGGUUCCUUUCUACCUGAGGGAGGCGAAGCCAGGAGUGAUCGAACUGUCUGCAGCCACUCUGCCCCACGUGCUGCGGCUCAGGCCCACCCUGGUCAUGUUCUACGCGCCCUGGUGCCCCUACUGCCAGCGCAUGGAGGCCGCAUGGGCGGCUCUGGCGGAGAAGCUUCAUCAGGAGAGCUUCAACGUGCAGGUUGCUCGAGUGGAUGCAUACAGAUACCCUGAGUUGACGGACAAGUACAAGAUCCCAGGCUUCCCCACACUCAUGCUGUUCAAUGGGGAGAGGCCCGUUGCGACACACAGGGGGAGGAGGAACCUGGAGGCGCUCUUCUCCUUUGUGGAAAAGCAUUUCUGA